CACUCACUCGCUUUUCUUCUCAAUUUCGUUCUUCUCCCUUUUCGCCGACUAAAAAUCCAACCUUUUCCCUCCUUCAGUCAAUCAAUCGCGGUUCACUCUUUCCACAAAAUGCAAGACUUCAUCGGAUAGGUCAGGCGGUCGCUCGUCUUCCGCUCCUACCCAGAGAGCAUCAGCACCACGGCGGAACUCAACGGCGGCAACAGCCCUCCAUUAACGGGGAGAUACCCAUUGGUCGAUAAGAUCAAUUCUUGCAUUCGAAAGUCGGGAAUCUUCGCCAAACCGUCGUCUUCCCCUCCACUUCCCAUGCCGCCUCCGAUUCGGUACCGGAAAGGAGAGCUGAUCGGGUGCGGCGCGUUUGGGCAUGUCUAUAUGGGCAUGAAUCUUGAUUCUGGAGAGCUUUUGGCUAUAAAGCAGACUAUUCUGGUUUUAGGAUUGUUUAUCGAUUGUUUUAUGAAGGCUCAUGUCAAAGAUCUUGAGGAAGAAGUGAAGCUUCUUAAGAAUCUUUCACAUACCAACAUCGUGAGAUACCUCGGCACAGUUAGGGAGGAGGAAUCAUUAAACAUCUUGCUUGAAUUUGUUCCUGGUGGAUCUAUAUCCUCACUUUUAGGAAAAUUUGGACCUUUUCCUGAAGCAGUUAUCAGAACUUAUACAGAACAAUUGUUGCUGGGUUUGGAAUACUUGCACAGUAAUGGCAUCAUGCAUAGAGACAUUAAGGGUGCAAAUAUCCUUGUAGAUAAUAAAGGAUGCAUUAAACUUGCUGAUUUUGGUGCAUCGAAGCAGGUAGUCGAGCUGGCCACAAUUUCAGGGGCGAAGUCAAUGAAGGGUACUCCAUACUGGAUGGCGCCUGAAGUCAUUCGUCAGACAGGGCAUAGCUUCUCUGCUGACAUUUGGAGUGUUGGAUGUACUGUGAUCGAGAUGGCAACUGGCAGGCCUCCUUGGAGCCAACAAUACCAAGAGGUUGCUGCCCUCUAUCACAUAGGGUCAACAAAGUCACAUCCAGAAAUCCCUGAGCAUCUCUCAGCUGAGGCAAAAGAUUUUCUGCUCAAGUGCUUGCAAAAGGAACCUGAUACGAGACUAGAUGCAUCUGAGUUGUUGAAGCAUCCAUUUGUUAUAGGGGGAGAAUGGAGUUUCUGAUACAGCAACCAGUUUUAAUCCACAGUCAAAACCCACCGAAAUAGACAUCAGACCAUUUCCAUCUUUAUCUGGCUCGGGAGAUCUCUGUAACUUGGGGAGUAUAAACUACUCCAUAAAUCUGCAAAACUCAAGUGAAACUCAACAUCAGUGGAGACCAAAUGAUGGAGAUGACGAUAUGUGUCAGAUCGAUAGCGAUUUAAGUAGAUCAAUCAAAAUCCUAUUAUGACUUCUGGUGAAUUUUGCAAUAAUCGUAAUGUCAAGCAUGAGUUCGUUGGAGAUUUAACGGGAAAAUUUGACGAGUGUCUCGAACCAGAACAAGGAGGACGAAUGUUUACUGAAGAACCAGCUCAGUGCAAUAGAACCUUGUCAUGUGAGAUAUCAUUAUCUGAGGAGGAGGAUGAACUCACUGAAUCAAAAAUAAAAGCUUUUCUAGAUGAAAAGGCUUUAGAGCUGAAGAAACUGCACAAACGCCUCUUUAUGAAGAAUUCUACAACAGCAUGAUUGCAACUAGCUCCUCAAGUUUUCCUCAGGGCUUGUGCAAUGAAACUUCUCCGAAUUACUUAAAGUUGCCACCUAAGAGCAAGUCACCUAGUAGAGGAGUUUCUCUGCGUGCCUCCUCCCCUGGAACUGAUACCAAAACCCCUGGGAGUACUGGCCGCAGUGCAUUAAAUGUUGUUGAUGCAAAUGAUGCAACUUCGAUAGCCAUUUCUUCUUCACAGACCGACGAACAAAAUGCAGUGUUUGCUGAUACGCAGCCAGAAUCUAGUAGCCCAGGCAUCGAGGUUUCUGAGAGACAGAGGAAAUGGAAGGAAGAGCUUGUUGAUGAGCUCGAGAAGAAGAGAGAGAUGAUGAGACAGGCAGGGAUUGUUGCCAAAACUUCGUCGUCACCGAAGGAUCGAGCAUUGAACAGGCAAAGGGAAAAGAGUAGAUUCGCAUCAUCUCCAGGGAAGUAAGGCUUCAAACUUCCACUACUAUGGUAAAUGUUCUUCCCCAAAGUUUUGAUGAGGAAAGAUCAAAAUCUCUGUGAAGAGUUCUUCUGGCACCCUUGUGAAUAUCUUUUGCCUACUACUUCUGGUUUCUCCAAAGAUUUGCCAUACAUGAGAGGAGAAUAGUUUUUGUUAAUAGAAAUGUGUUUUUCAGUUCUCACCCUCUUGCUGGUUUGUAACCAUUUUUGCAUAAGAAAUCUAGUGGUGAAUCAAGUUGAUGGGAUUCUCGUCGAAAGAGCUAGAAUCUUAACUCCCACGAAAAUGUUCCCAGCCUCUUAAUCAAAAGACCUUUUCAAGCUUCCAUUCUGUAAUCUUUUCCUUGCAUUUAUUAUGAGCAAAGCUAGUGGACUAGUGGUUCAA